AUGGUGAGUUUCGCCCCAACGGCCUACAGCCCUACGCCCUGCGGCCCUGCGCGGCCAUACGACCCGUCUUCUGACCUUGUGCUCUUGGCAGUCUCAAUCUGGGUUCGUAACUGCCUUCGCUACACUCUGAUUGCAGUUUCGAGCUUGCCGCUGCCGCCGUCUGCGCGACCCUCCUCCGUUGUGACGACGGGCUGCCCUGCCGACGUGGACGUUGGAGGGCUGUCCAAGAAGUACAAGUACAUCAUCUUCAAGCUCUCGGACGACUUCAAGCAGAUUGGUAUUGAGGAGGCUUCCGACGACAAGGAUUGGGAGAACUUCCGACAGAAGCUCGUCAAGUCUACCACCAAGAACAAGUCUGGCGUCGUUGGCAAGGGCUGUCGAUACGCCGUUUACGACUUUGAGUACAGCCUGGCCGCUGGCGAUGGUGUCCGAAACAAGAUCACCUUUAUUGCCUGGUCCCCCGAUGAUGCUGGUGUUCAGCCAAAGAUGAUUUACGCUUCCUCCAAAGAGGCCCUCAAGCGAUCCCUCACCGGAAUUGCUACUGAGCUGCAGGCCAACGAUGCCGAUGACAUCGAGUACGACACCAUCGUCAAGACCGUCAGCAAGGGUCUUGCCGGUUAA